AUGACCGACGUAAUUCCUAUCUCGAGCAGGUCUGUCGCGCUGAACAGCAAGCGUUCAAACGUCAGAGUGACAGAGAUACCCUCAACUGUCGACGAGCUCAUCAGAUUAAGAGCUACUCAGCAGGGCAAAGAUGUCCCAAUCAUUGCCUACCCCGAGCAAGGCACGGCUUACAUCAAUUAUACCCCUUUUGAGCUUGAUCAACUCGUCCAAAAGGCCGCGUCACUCUAUGCCUCCGCAAUCCCACAGAGAACUACAUCGGAUGAUCCUGUGCAGGUCAUUGGACUUUUGGGACCUUCAGACAUCAGCUAUCUGGUAGCCUUCCUAGCCAUCUCUCGCUUAGGACACUCGGUAUUGUUGCUUUCGACGAGAAUCACCGACGAGGCUCAUGAGUCUCUUCUUCGGACAACCAAAGCUACAGCACUUCUGUACAACGAAGCCUUCGGAACCACCGCGUCAACGCAAGCAGCACAGAAUACCUAUCUCCGCACCAUCAAGAUCUGUGACGUCAAGCUGCUGCCGGCGACUGGCAACCUCAAACCUGCGAAAUUGGAUAUGACUAGAGAAAGCCUGAACAUAUCCUUCAUCAUACACUCCAGUGGCUCAACAGGCCUGCCGAAGCCCAUCUUCCAGACACACAAGGCUUCAUUAUACGCGUAUUCGCAACACUUUAACAGAGUUGGUCACAUCACCCUGCCGCUCUACCACAAUCAUGGCAUUUGCUGUCUUUUCCGAGCCAUCUGGGCUGGCAAGAAGAUCUACAUAUACAACGCCGACCUACCCCUCACAUCCCAGCAUCUACUUGCAACCCUCAGGGAGCACCUCGAAAUCAAGAUACUCUAUGCGGUUCCAUAUGCCUUAAAGCUUCUCAGCGAGACCGACGAAGGUCUGAGACUGCUCAGCAACCUUGACAUCGUGAUGUUUGGCGGAUCAGCAUGCCCCAAGCCUAUUGGCGACAGGCUUGUUCAGUCAGGCGUAAAUCUUGUUGGACACUACGGUGCUACAGAACUUGGUCAGCUCAUGACAUCCUUCCGCGAACACAAGGAAGACAAAGGAUGGGACUGGCUCCGGGUUGGUCCCAAUCUGGAGCCAUAUCUCAGGAUGGAAAGCAGAGGUCCCAAUCUCUUCGAGUUGUGCGUCACCGAGGGCUGGCCUUCGAAGGUGGCGACAAACUGCGAGGAUGGAUCAUAUGCAACCAAAGAUCUGUUUGAACCUCACCCAACAAUUCCAAAUGCUUGGCGGUACUAUGCUCGUCUUGACGAUACAUUAGUCCUGGAAAACGGCGAGAAGGCCAAUCCAUUGAUUGCUGAGGGAGUUAUUCGUCAGAGCCAGCAUGUUGCGGAGGCCGUCGUUUUCGGUGCGAACAAGUCGCAGCUCGGUGCCUUUGUCAUCCCAUCAGAGGCAGCGGUACUGACAGAAGAGGCUCUUUUGGACGCAAUCAUGGGGUAUAUUAACGAAGCGAAUCAAGUCGCACCUUCAUUCGCUCAGCUUUCGCGCGAGAUGAUCCGGAUUCUGCCGUGCGACACCGACUACAGGAAGACUGAUAAGGGCACUGUCAUUCGUGCUGCUUUCUAUCGCGAUUUUUCAGAGCAGAUUGAGGCCGCAUACGCUGAUGAGCAGUCUGGAUCACUUGUGCUAUCAAAGACUCAGUUGCUCGAGUUUCUCCGUCUGGAGUUCUUGCAGAAGAUCACACGGAAGGAAGGUACAAGCUUCGACGAACACACCGACCUCUUCAGCUUAGGCGUCGAUUCUCUUCAAGCGAUUCGGGUGCGAGGAAAUAUAAUCAAGACACUGAAGGUGGAAGCAAAAGAUAUCGGCAGGAACUUUGUCUUCGACUUUCCGACCCUGGAUGAGAUAGCCAACGAGAUCCUACGGCUUCAGCAGGGUGUACCAAAACAGGUGAAGUUGAGUGUUGAGGAACGGAUGGCAGCUAUGGUCGAGAAGUAUGCCGAGUUUGAGCAGCAUCAAACCGUCAACAAGCUAGCUGACGGCGCCUACAUCGUUGUUACUGGUGCAACAGGAUCGUUGGGUGCACAUGCUGUUGCGAUUCUGGCAGCGCAAUCAACCACGAAGAAGAUAUUUUGUCUUGUGAGGGCCAAGGAUUCCAAAGACGCCAACUCGAGGGUGCGACAAUCUUUGUGCGAGCGUCGUCUAUUACAUACUCUAUCUGCGGCUGCCAGAUCGAAGAUCACGGCUUAUCCCUCUGACUUUGCGGAUGAGAAUCUCGGUCUGCACCCUUCGGAGUAUGAGAGAAUCUCGGAAGGUAUCACCCAUCUUCUCCACCUAGCCUGGUCUGUGAACUUCAACAAGAGCAUCGAGAGCUUCGAAGUUGACUGCAUUCGGGGAAUGCGCAACUUGACAAGACUCUGCUUGCAAGCUAGAAGGCCUCAGCCUGCAACCUUCAAUUUCUGCUCUUCCGUCAGCGCUACGGCCCGCACACCCGGUACCAUCGUCCCCGAAAGCAUUCCUGCAUCUUUCGAGUAUGCACAAGGCAUGGGCUAUGCUCAGUCAAAAUUGGUUGCCGAGAAUUUGUGUCAUCGUGCUGCUAAGCAGACCAACAUGAGAUGCCGCAUUCUUCGAGUAGGCCAGAUUGUUGGCGAUACCCAACACGGCGUUUGGAACGAAACUGAGGCAAUCCCUCUAAUCUUCCAGUCAGCAAAAUCGACCGGUACAUUGCCUGCACUUGAUGAGAGUCCAGCAUGGCUUCCAGUCGAUCUUGUCGCAAAUGCUUGUGCCGAGAUCACUCUCAGUGGUGCAGAGAGUGGCGUCAUGAACGUUGUCAAUCACAACUCUUUCCACUGGACAAGAGACCUGCUUCCUCUGCUGCUUAGAGCGGGUCUGUCCUUCGAGGCCGUCAACCAACGUGAGUGGAUCAAGCGACUUCGCGCAUCGAACCCUGAUCCCAGGGAGAACCCAUCAAUCAAGCUCGUAGACUUCUUUGCCAGCAAAUACGAUAACGACGACCCGCGAAAGUCCUUGACCUUUGCAUCGGAAAAUGCUCGGCGUCACUCUCCGUCUCUUGCCAAAGCUGGUAUCAUCAAUGUCGAUAUCAUGCAGAAGAUUGUGAGCUACCUCGAUACCAAGUACACACCGUGUGUCGAAAGCGCUUCUCUGGGAACUGCAUAUAUCAUCGGAGGUCCUUGUGGCACCGGCAAGUCCUCGCUGGCUGGAAAACUUUCCAAGGAAAUGUCUCUGCCGGUCAUCGAGGGCGACGAGCUUCACUCUAUCGCAGCUCGUGCUCAGAUGGGCAACAAGAUUGCUCUGGAAGAUGUAGAGCGAAUGAAGUGGUUGUCUCACCUGCGCGGAGCUGUUAUGUGUUCUUUAACCACUUUCAGAGCACCGGCAGUGAUUGUCACUUGUUCAGCAUUGAAAGCAGUCUAUCGCGAUGAGCUCAGAAGACUCAAUGAGCUUGCAGGUAUAAAGACAGUAUUCCUGCUCCUGGCUACCAACAACAAAGACACACUCAAGAGCCGGUUGAGUAAGAGAGAGGGCCACUACAUGGAUUCGUGCAUGGUCGAUGCACAGAUGGCACUGUUCGAAGAAGUGCAGGAGUAUGAAGUCGAUUGCGUACAGCUUGAUGCUAUGAGGGACUUGGACGACGUCGUCUCCGAGGCUUUGUCUCUCAAGGAUGUGAUGCUCAAAUAG